AUUACACAGUCGAUAUACCUAUCUCAGUGUAAAACUGAAUUCACACUCGUCAACACAUAUAAAUACAUGAACUCAGAGAUGGUCUGAACGACGAAUCGUCCUCACGCGUCAUUUACUAAUCAUGGCCCUACUACCAAACAGACCUGCACCAGUAUUCAAAGGGAAGGCUGUGGUUGAUGGUGUUUUCAAAGAUAUUAGCUUAGAAGAUUAUUCGGGCAAAUAUGUUGUGUUGUUCUUCUAUCCAGCCGAUUUUACAUUUGUGUGCCCGACGGAAAUCAUCGCAUUCAGUGAUCAGGUUGAAGAAUUCCGAAGUCGAAAUUGUCAAGUGAUUGCUUGCUCCACGGAUUCUGAAUACAGUCACCUAGCGUGGAUAAACAUGGAUCGUAAAUCAGGUGGACUAGGUGAGAUGAAAAUCCCUCUGUUAGCUGACAAAACGAAAGACAUCUCCAGAGCGUAUGGCGUGCUUGAUGAAGAGGAGGGCAAUGCAUUCAGAGGUCUAUUCAUCAUUGAUAAAAAGGGAGUUCUUCGUCAAAUUACAGUCAAUGACAAACCGGUUGGACGGUGUGUGGAUGAGACGCUGCGUCUGUUGGAUGCAUUUCAAUUUGUCGAGAAGCAUGGUGAAGUUUGUCCUGUGAACUGGAAACGUGGUCAGAGUGGGAUUCCAAAUAAGCACUAACAGGCUGUAUGUGGCCUUCACUUGACUCUUAUGCCCUUUCGAAAUAUCUUCCAAUCAUGUCUUCAUUCAGUAAAAGGUACUCUGUCAGCUAUUUCAAAACUUCACUGGUUAUAGUAUAAACGAAGGUUUUUCUACUC